UUCUUCGCCUCACUUUUUCUCUUCACUUCUUCUCCAAACCUCUCCUCUUUAUUUAUUCUGCUCACUUCUUUUCUUCACUGCUUCUCCUCACUUCUUUUCCUCACUUCUUCUCCUCACUUCUCCUCACUUCUUCUCUUCACUUCAUAUCCUCACUUCUCCUCACUUCUUCUCUUCACUUCUUCUGCUCACUGCUUUUCUUCACUUCUUCUCCCCACUUCUUCUACUCACUUCUUUUCCUCACUUCUCCUCACUUCUCCUCACUUCUCCUCACUUCUUCUCCUCACUUCUUCUCCUCACUUCUUCUCUUUACUUCUUCUCUUCACUUCUCCUCACUUCUUCUCCUGA